AUGGAUAGAGUUACGUCAAAACGAGUUAAAAAUAAUGUGUUGAUAGAAAAAAGUGGUGAUAGUGAGAAGAAGGCCCUUAGCAGAAGGAGGACAAACAUGAGUAAAAAAAAAAAUGCCUUUCUAAAUGACGAAUCGAAGAAUGAUGAAAUUAUUAAGAAGAAUUUGAAAAGAGUGAAAAAUGAGAAAAUUUCAAAAAAUGGAAAAGACAAGUUGGAAAGCACCUGCUUAAUUAGGACCCGAAGCAAGGAAAAUGCAAAAAAGGACACCAUAUAUAAGGGGAUAGAAAAGGAGAAGAAAUACCCCCAUGCGAGUAGAGUUACUUCCAUUAAAAGCAACAAUGCAGGUGGUAAUGACGGCGGGGAGAAGCGUGUGGGAGACGGGAAAAGUGACAAUGUGAAGAGUUCAAAUUACACAAUUUUAAACUAUUUUAAGAAUAAAAAAGACACCGAUAAGUACAGAAGUAAGGCAUCCGUCGGGGGAAAUUCGAAGGCCACGAACGAUAGCGAGGCGCGCAAUGGAAAUAAUAACUGUCUAGACUGCAGCGUGAGCGGUCACGCGACGAAUCAGACGGUCAAUCAGGCGACCAACGAGACAACCAACCAAACGGUCAACCAAACUAUCACCAGCUACACGAAUGGCGCGAACCAGACCAAUUAUCUAAACAUGAAAAAUAACAUUGAGCAUAACUUGAUGAAUUAUAAGAAAUCCAAAUUGAACCAAAUGCACGCAGAGAACAUCAGCAUGGAUUCCUACAGGUCGAACAACUCAUCAAAUAGCGAGGUGUACAUCGGAUCGGAGAACAACAAUUUGUAUUCGAACAACCAGGAGUACACUCUUGGUAAGUCCUCCAUGCAGUUGAAAGAAGGCAAUCUGCGAAGUAGCACCGGUGGAGGAGGGGGACUGCAUACGAGUUUGACAAGUGGCAACAUGUUGGACGUGCGCGAUAACAUGGUGAAGGGCCCCCUACACUUGAGCGAUUUAUACAGCUCCAGGAAUAGAGAUUCGUCUACCUUGUUGAGUAGAAAUUCGUUAUACAAAUGUAAAGGAGAGAGUGUGGACGCGGUCGAUCGGGUGGAUGGAACGACACUUGGAUUGCCUUCCAUUGGGGAUGGAGAAAAGGGAUGUUGUGCCUCCGUCCCAGAGAACAAAUUCAUCAUGAGUAGCAGCUUGGGCACGGGCUUAAACGGAUUAAGGGGAAAGGCAAUUUCGCACGUGGAAGGAAGUCUAGGAGGAGUCGGCGUGACAGAUCUCAUGAUGAAUAGCCAAGGGGAGAAGGACAGUGAAAUUGGUUACAGGGGCGUUGACAUGGCACGAAGCGGUGAACACGUGUACAGUUACAAGGAUCGGAAUAAGGAAUACCUAGAUUCCAUCAAUUUAUCCAUAAAUCGAGAACACGAGAAACGUGAGAAGCAUGAGAAAUUCCUGGGGAGAUCACUUCCGAGUAGGAAUAUGAUAAACAACACCAAGUCGGAUGAAGAAUUAUUUUCCAAGAAUAUACAGAAUUUUGAAAAUUACUGUUCAUACAAAUUUAAGAGAAGUAUAAAUAACAACCUGAUAAAAAAUAUUUAUAGCAUGUAUGAGGAUAAAUCAAAUUUAGAGGCAUUCAUUUCUCAGAAGAAACGAGAAGGAAGAGGUGUGUGUAAAUCGAAGGAGGAUUCUAUAAAGUGCAGUCUGGAUGGUAACUGCAUGAUAAGUGUGAGGAAUGAUCAUUUCGAGGGGGAAAAACUUUUUAAAAGACCAUGCAUGUCCUUGUAUAACAGUAUCCUUCGGAAGAACAAAUUUGAAGAGGGAAAAAAUGUGGAGAAGAAGGAACGAAAUAGUAUGUCGGAUCUUCUCCUGCAUCAUCAAGAUUUGCUAAUAAAUAAGAGAGAAAAAAUUGUGGUAAGUAAAGAUGUAGACACGAAGGAAAUUGUGAUAAAAAAGUAUAUUAAAAAUUUCUGGCUACUUAGUCGAAAGGAAUUUUUUAGUAAAUAUUGGAAUGCAUCUUUAGAAUUGGAGAGUGGAGAAGUGGAAAAGCUGAAAGAGUUGAUCCCAUUUCCGGAGAAUCAGACAUGUACAAUUGAUGAUCUAUUCAGUAAGGACAACGAGAUUGUCGACGAGGAUCAACUGUUGAAGGACUACGUUACGGAUGAAAAGUUGAAAAAUUUUCGCCUAGAUUUGAUAGAUGGCUUCCUCUACGAUAAGCAAUCUCUCUACGAAAGGGAGAUGAUUGAAAAUGAAAAAAUAUUUUCCAGCAUUUCUUUUAAUCACAAAAAUUCGGACAUCAAAGUGGACAAGCUUUUAAAUUUAUUUCCACGAGAUUUCAUGAGGAAGUAUAAAAUAGUGAAGAAGUUAGGAGAAGGAGUUUAUGGAAAGGUGUUCAAGGCAGAAUCCUUGGAGGAUUCCUAUUUGCACUUUGCCGUGAAGGUAUUACGUUACUUCUGGCCGAACUUUAAAUAUAAGUUUGGCUCUGAGGAGUUCGCAAUUAAUGAGUUUAACAUCAUGCGUAUUUUGUUCCAUCCGAAUGUGGUGUGUCUGUUGGAUAGUUUUCGAGUGCACACGUAUAGGAAGAAUAAAAUAAAAACGCACCGUAACCAAAAAACGCGGAAUGAAACGAUGUCGGCUGAGUAUGAUUUUAGCUUUCAGAGGCAUAGGAAAGUGGAGCGCAAUCAGUAUUCCCCAUCUAGGGAUACCAUUGAGAGGAACAACAAGUACAAGAAUUUAAUAUCGAAAAGUUGUAUAACGAUUGAGGAUUUGGAAAAGGAUCUGGUUAUGUAUAACAUUGAUAAGGAGGAGAGCCUGAACUCGGAUACCGAGUUAGUGGGACACCACCUUAACAAGACGAUGAAAAGCUUGAGGAGCUGUCACACGGAUGGUAGAGCCACCAUCGCUGGUAGUGGUGAAUACGGGUCUACGAACACGCGGAAGGAUGUGAAGAAGGAGCGAAGCAAUGAUCUGACUUCGUUGCAUACUAAGAAGAAGGUUAGGACAGCAACGUUGAAGUCCGCCACCAGUGGACGAGUGAGUGGUGGAAGCGGCACGCACCGAUCCGAUCUGUACAGAAUCAAGUCUAACAGGACAAGUAAAACUGCGAUUCCUAUCAGGACGAACAAAAGUAUAGAUAAGUUAAAAUUUCGAAAACAUUCGAGGAAGGUAAAGAAGAUAGAGAAUAAGAAUAACGACUACAUAGAGAACUGGGAUCUUUUCUUGGUGAUAGAAAAGUGCGAUUGUAGUUUGAAUGACAUUUUGAGCAAAGCGAAGAAGAGACACGCAUCGUUCAUCCAACACAUUAAGCAAUGUACAGCACAACAUUUACCAAGCGAGCGAAUAGAUAUGUGCUAUGAUCACAUACAGAAUUAUGUAAAGUAUGUGUAUUUGCCAUUGAAGAAAAUCGAGAAUCGUUCCUUCUAUCCAGAAAUGCCAUCUCUAUCCGAGACACAGACUAAGGUAAUUAUAUAUCAGAUGUUACAAGGAAUUAAUCACUUUCACAGGAAGUUUAUAAUACAUAGGGAUAUUAAGCCUGCGAAUACUCUCAUCAAGAAUAUUAAGUACCUAUCAGAUGGCCUGAACGAUUCAAAGGAAUGGAUCGUAAAAAUAGCGGAUUUUGGCUUGGGGGUAUAUGAUCAUUUUUUAAAGGCCGAAACGAAAGACAGUAAUAUUAUUACACUGCAAUACAGGCCACCAGAAAUAUUGUGUAAUAGUACCAUGUAUAAUUACUCAGUGGAUAUUUGGUCUAUCGGUAUCACGAUGUGUGAGUGUUUAUUAGGGUUUGUACCGGUGACAUCCAAAUUUGAAUCAUCUGUUUUGUUUAAAAUUUUGGUUUUUCGAGGUAUUCCGGAUGAAGAUUUUGAUAACCUUCUGAAGAAGGAAUUCGUGGGGGAGUUGCCGCAAUUUAAGGUGGACAGGCUGAAGAUGCUGAAGAUAAUUUUUACAGAUAUAUAUGGGCGUAGUUUGUUGAACGAGGAUGGCAUAGAUCUUGUUGAUCGGUUCCUUAGCUACGACUACAAGAACAGGAUAACUGCGAACGAGGCGCUCAGGCACCCCUGGUUCGAGGAUGUGCACCUUUACCUGAACGAGCGCCUCCUCCGGUACUACAAGCGCACGGGCACCUACUACUUCUAA